GCGCCGUAGGGCGGUUGCUGUAGCGACGAGCGGCGCGGCCUGGUGCGGCGGAGCUCCCGAUGUCGUUCCGCGACCUGCGCAAUUUCACCGAGAUGAUGAGGGCGCUGGGGUAUCCCCGGCUCAUCUCGAUGGAGAACUUCCACGCCCCGAACUUCAUGCUGGUUGCCGAAGUGCUGCUGUGGCUGGUGAAGAGGUACGAGCCUCAGACUGACAUUCCUCCUGAUGUUGAGACAGAACAGGACCGCGUUUUCUUCGUUAAGGCUGUAGCUCAGUUUAUGGCUACCAAGGCUCACAUAAAGCUCAACACGAAGAAGCUUUACCAGGCAGACGGCUAUGCAGUGAAGGAACUGCUGAAAGUCACCUCUGUGCUUUAUGGUGCUAUGAACACCAAGGGAGUGGAGCGCACAGACGUGAGUGAGGAAGACAGCAGCAAAUUCAAGUUUGAUCUUGGCUCAAGAAUUGCUGACUUGAAGGCAGCUAGACAGCUUGCUUCUGAAAUCACCUCCAAAGGAGCAAGUCUGUAUGACUUACUUGGCAAAGAAGUUGAGCUAAGGGAAGCAAGAACAGAAUCUAUUGCCAGACCUUUGGAGAUAAAUGAGGCUGAGAAGAUGAUGAAAAUUGCCAUUGACUGUGUUCUGGAACAAGUCCAAAAGACUAAAGACAUGUUGAAUAAUGUGGCUUUGGAUGAAGCCAAUUUGGAAGCCAAGAUUGAAAAAAGAAAAUUGGAGCUGGAAAGAAGCCAGAAGAGGCUACAGACCCUACAGAGUGUUCGUCCUGCUUUUAUGGAUGAGUAUGAGAAGAUAGAGGAGCAACUGCAGAAACAAUACAGUAGUUACCUAGAAAAAUUCCGUAAUCUAACCUACUUGGAGCAGCUCCUGGAUGAUCAUCGUCGGACAGAGCAAGAGAUGUUUGAGGAAGCAGCAAACAUGCUGCGUCUUAUGCAGAACAGGCUGAAGGAAGAGGAACAACACCUGCUUAAGAGUGGAAAUAAUGAUGAUUCCGAUGCAGACAUUCAAGAGGAUGAAGGCUCUGAUAGUGAAGUGGAAGAGGGGCAGAUCAUGAAGCAGCGCAUGGCCACGGAGGCUCUAGUGCAAGGGAGAACUGGCAUGCGGAUCGUGGGAACAAUGCAAGGUGGAGACACAGAGGAAGAAGAGGAGUCGGGGGAUAGUGAGAUUGACCUGGAUGAUGAUGAAGAUGAAGAGGAGGAAGAGGAUGUGGAAGAUGACAGCAUGGAAAUCUCCCCAAGCAAAUCCAAUCACCGAGCAAAGAAGCCAGAGCCUCUAGAGGAAAGUGACAACGACUUCUGACCCUCUAGUAGCAGGACCAGGAGGCACCUUGAAAUAAAAACUUUGGAGAGCAUUCAGGCCAGGAACUAAUAUCCUGCCAUCUGAAAAGUGCUCGUCAGCAUGAAUUCAGGAGUUGGUAAAUAAUGUUCAUUAAACUUGAAAAUUAAACUUGGAUUGCCAGUCCUGUGACUCGCAAAGUAUGAAUAGUUUAUCCGUAAUGAGAAUCACAGUAAUGUGGAGUGCUGUUAUUUCCAUAAUUGCAUUAGAACUGGCCCUCAUGCACUGCAGUGCCAGAAGUCUCACUCCAGUGAGCAUUGUGUGCCUGAUUUCCCUGCAUUUUAUUAUGUCCAAACAGAUUUUUUGGCUUAAUAAAGCUGGAUGAAAAGCUGC